AUGGAGGAGCUACUGAAGCGGGAGCUGGGCUGCGACUCCGUCGAGGCCACGGGUCACUCGGGUGGCGGAUGCAUUAGCCAGGGCCAGAGCUACGACACGGACAAAGGGCGAGUGUUUGUGAAAGUGAACCCCAAGCCGGAGGCCAGAAGGAUGUUUGAAGGUGAGGUGGCAAGUUUAAUUGCCAUCCUAAGGACAGGCACAGUGAAGGUGCCCAAACCCAUCAAGGUCCUUGAUGCCCCAGGAGGCGGCAGCAUGCUGGUGAUGGAGCAUUUGGAUAUGCGGCAUCUCAGCAGUCAUGCUGCAAAGCUUGGCACCCAGCUGGCAGAUCUACAUCUAGACAACAAGAGGCUUGGAGAGACUCUCCAGAAGGAGGCUGGCAUAGUAGGGAGAAGAGAUGAGCAGGUGGCGCGGCCCUUCGUGGCCCAGUUCGGGUUUGACGUGGUGACGUGCUGCGGGUACCUCCCCCAGGUGAACGACUGGCAGCGGGACUGGGUCACUUUCUACGCCCGGCAGCGCAUUCAGCCCCAGAUGGAUCUGGUGGAGCAGAGGUCUGGGGACAGGGAGGCCCGCGAGCUCUGGGCUGCUCUGCAGUUAAAGAUCCCCGACCUGUUCCGUGAUCUGGACAUCAUCCCAGCCCUGCUCCACGGAGACCUUUGGGGAGGAAACGUAGCGGAGGAUUCUUCUGGGCCCAUCAUCUUUGACCCGGCUUCCUUCUAUGGCCACUCGGAGUAUGAGCUGGCAAUAGCCGGCAUGUUCGGGGGCUUCAGUAGCGCCUUCUACUCUGCCUACCACAGCAAAAUCCCCAAGGCCCCAGGCUUCGAGAAGCGCCUGAAACUGUAUCAGCUCUUCCACUACUUGAACCACUGGAAUCACUUUGGAUCCGGGUACAGAGGGUCCUCCCUCAGCAUCAUGAGGAAUCUCAUCACUUGA